CAACGAUGGCAUUCAGUGGUCAGAAGAGCGAGUGGUACGAAAGGUUCUCUACUUGUCACUGAAGGAAUUCAAGAAUUCACAGAAGCGACAGUACAGCGAUCUCAAUGGGAGCAGUGACGAUAAAACGCACAGGAAAGAAUUGAAUGGUCCACUCACGAAUGGUUCCUCAAAUGGAUCAGUCUCGGUCCCUUCACCUGAGCCUACAACGGGAAGCGGAAAGGAGGAGGGGUCACAUGCUUCACAGAAAGGAGAUGGAAAUGAUGCCAGCUCAUCUGAUUCAGAGGAAGGGCCAGUCAGGAAGAGGCCGAGACUGCAAGCACAAAGGAAAUUUGCCCAGUCGCAGCCCAACUCCCCCAGCACAACCCCCGUCAAGUUGAUAGACCCAGUCCUGCCACCGCCAGCAACACAGAUCAUUGACCUCUCAAAACGAAAGCCCAAAACUGAAGAUUUCCUUACUUUUCUUUGCCUUAGAGGCUCUUCUGCUCUGCCGAAUAACAUGAUGUAUUUUGGAAGCUCCCAGGAUGACGCUGAUGAAGUAGAAGAGGACGAUGAGUGUGAAGAUAUCAAAACCCUUGCAAGUAAUGCUUCAUCCUCAUGCCAUUCAACACCUCGGAAAGGGAAACCGCAGGGAAAACAGAUCCUCAACGGUCAUGUUUUGAAUGGUUCGGGGAAGCUGUUGAGAGAAAAGGAUUCUGUCCAGAAACACAAAGGCAAAGAGGCCACACCAGGGAAGGAGAAGAACAGCGACCAAAAGGUUGAGUGUAAGAAAGAGCCAUGUUCAGCAGCCAGUGCUGCUGACUCUUCUUCACAACUGGGCAGCUCAACAAAAGGCCCUGCUGCUAACAGCUCAGCUGUUACUAAACCAUCUCAGGAGCUCCGAACACAACAGGUUACAAAGGGGGCAAAUGGAAUCGGCCAGGCUGUGUCAUCAGGCGCGAAUGCAUCCAGUGCCAAAAAGAAUCGGGAGGUCCGACCUUCACCGUCCAAAACUGUGAAGUACACUGCAACAGUGACAAAGGGAAACGUUACAUACACCAAAGCCAAGAAGGAAUUGGUCAAGGAAACCAAACCGAACCAUGUCAAAUCGAGUGCAGCUGUUAACCAUUCAAUCUCAGGGAAAAGUGAACAUAGCAAUGCAAAAUCACGAAAGCCGGUGCUAUCCAACGCGGCGUCCAACUUGAACGGCCCCGCCGCCAGCUGUGUCAAACUCAAUGGGAAGGUGAACGGGAAAGCGCCCACUAGGGUUGAAGUCCGGGAUGUUAAGGAAGGACUGCGGACCUCCAAGCGGAGGCACGAGGAGGUCAACCACGUAGCGAAAGCCCAAUCGCCUUCAAAGAGAGUCAAAGUUAGCACGUGUACAGCGGGCGGUAAGGACAGAAGAGCGAGCGCAAAAGAAAAGACUCUGCCUAAUGGGCGAAUAAAAUGUGAAACGCCAGUGAAAAACAGCGAACGACAGAGGCUUAGGAAGGCAUCAUUGGGUAAGAACAGCCCAACCAAACAAGCACAGAGCAAAUUGGAAAGUGCCUCCAGUGAAAAUAGUUCUACCUCAGCCACCGAGUCCUCGCACAAGCCACAAGACUCUUCACUAAAGCAGGAGAGGGGCAGCAAGGUUGGCAUGGCACUAGUUGGAGAAAUCCCAGUUCUCAGGCCCACCCAGAAGGAGUUUCAUGACCCAUUAGCUUAUGUGGAAUCUGUCAGAACUCAGGUGGAGAAGUAUGGGAUGUGCCGGGUGAUUCCUGCCUCUGACUGGAGGCCCGAGUGCAAACUCAAUGAUGAGAUGCGGUUUGUGACUCAGAUUCAGCACGUUCACAAGCUGGGCAGACGCUGGGGCCCCAACGUGCAACGACUAGCCUGCAUCAAGAAACACCUCAGAUCUCAGGGCAUUACUAUUGAUGAGCCCCCACUCAUAGGAGGAUGUGAGCUGGAUUUGGCCCGAUUUUAUCAGCUGAUUAAUGACAUGGGUGGCAUGCAGCAAGUGACUGACCUCAAGAAGUGGAAUAAACUGGCAGACAUGCUGCGAAUCCCUAAAUCUGCACAGGACAGGCUGGCAAAGUUACAAGAGGCCUAUUGCCAGUACCUGCUCUCCUAUGACUCCCUCUCCCAGGAAGAGCACAAGAAGCUGGAGAAGGAGGUGCUGACGGAAAAAGAGAGCCUGGAGAAGAAGAAAGGGCCUUUGGAAGCUCACUCAGACAACACGUGCAGGUCUCAGUCUCUGCCCAGGUUUGAGCCCAAAAACGGGCUGGUGAAUGGUGUGGUGCAUAAAAAUGGCUUCCGGAAUAAGCUGAAAGAAAUAGAUACUGAACUGAAAACAGGCAGGCGACGACUGUUUGCUCAGGAAAAGAAAGAGAGUCAAGAUCAGAGUGGGGUUCUCGGUGAUUUGUACAAGUGUGUAUAUAAGGGAAGAUCUGUAUCGCUGACUACGUUUUAUCGGACAGCUAGAAACACAAUGAACAUGUGCUUCAGUAAGGAGCCAACGGCAGCUGAAGUGGAGCAAGAAUACUGGAGGAUAGUGGAGCAGAAGGAUUCCCACGUAGCAGUACAUUCUGGGAAAGUAGAUACUAAAGCACAUGGCAGUGGCUUCCCUGUUGGGAAGUCUGAACCUUUCUCAAGGCAUGGAUGGAACCUUACAGUCCUUCCUAAUAAUUCAGGAUCCAUCCUGCGACAUUUUGGUGCUUUGUCAGGAGUGACGAUUCCUUGGCUAAAUAUUGGCAUGGUUUUCACUACCUCAUGCUGGUCUCGAGACCAAAACCACCUUCCAUAUAUUGACUACUUACACACUGGUGCUGAUUGCAUUUGGUAUUGCAUUCCUGCUGAGGAGAAGAACAAACUUGAUGAAGUGGUGCACACCCUGCUGCAAGCUAAUGGCACGUCAGGGCUGGAUAUGCUUGAAAGUAAUAUUAUGAUUUCUCCAGAGAUCCUGUGUAAGGAGGGGAUCAAGGUGUAUCGCACUGUACAGCAGAGUGGACAGUUUAUUGUGUGUUCCCCGGGGGCCUUUGUGUCUAAAGUAUGCUGUGGCUACAGUGUUUCAGAAGCUGUGCAUUUUGCUUCUACCCAGUGGCUAAACACAGGCUAUGAAGCUGGUAAGGACUUGAAACGUCGAUUCAUCGCUAAUGCUUUUUCAAUGGAGAAACUGCUUUAUCUGAUGGCGACAGCUGAGUCUAAGCGGGAAAGUGGAUCGAAGCUGAGUCAUAUCUCUUCACUUCUGAAAGAACUCAGGGAUUCAGAGUUGAAACAGCGACAGCAGCUGUUUGAAGCGGGUUUGCAUUCGUCAGCUCGUUACGGCAGCCACGACAGUCACCUGUCCAUGAUGGAUAUGAAGAAGAAACCACGCAAGUGGUUGGCGUCAGAAACGUCGGAGCGGAGAUGUCAGAUUUGCCAGCAGCUGUGUUACCUCUCCAUGGUAGUGCAAGAAAAUGAGAACGUUGUGUUUUGUCUGGAGUGUGCUCUCCGCCAUGUAGAAAAGCAGAAGUCUUGUCGUGGGUUGAAGAUGAUGUAUCGUUAUGACGAGGAACAAAUAAACAGCUUGGUAAAUCAAAUCUGUGGAAAAGUAGCAGCCAAGAGCAGCAGCAACAGUAGCAGUACCAGCAAGUCCACACUGAAAAGAGGACCUCGAAAGCGAGCAACCAUUGAUGUGCCAGCAACUAGACUUUCAUCCUUGUCCAGAAGUGCUACAAGUUUCCCAUGAAGUUGCCAAGUUUCGUACUCGUUUGGUUUUUUUGUACUAUAAUUUGUGAGUACUUGCUAGAAGAACGCAAGCUGUCUUUGCACUAGCUCUGAAGAUAAUUUCUGUUUUUGUUUAUAGAAAGAAAAGCAGUUGUUUUAGCAUUAAAAAGUUGGCUUAUUUUUUUAGGAACACCGGACGCUGCAGUCGGCAGUAUUUUUUUGGAAUGCAGUAGUCGUGUUUUCAUUCACUGUUAAAACCAAGUCAAAGGGCUAAGCAGUAAUCUAAGUUUGCAUUUGCCCUUUUGGCUAAAGCAAACCUCUUAUUUUUGAUUUUUUUUGUUACUGUGAAACAGGUGGGAUGUUUUAAACUCCUUUUGAUCUAGGUUGAAGUUGAGUGCUGUGUGUUUUUAUCUUGCAAUUUCAGUCAUGCGAGCAGCUUUUGGAGGAAGGGGAGGCAAAACUUGAAAGAAACUGCUUCAGUUUGGCUAGGUUUUACUUUUUGGUUAAGUGUAAGUUGAGAAAUUGCUUUUCUAUUUGGAAAAUUGUAUUAUUAUUUUUAAGAGUCACGGCAGCUGAUACUUGAUCCGGUUUACAAAAUAUAAAGAAAUGGUGAUCUUGAAAGUAAAGCAAAGGUGAUUUUUUUUCUCCUUACCAGCACAUCACUAUGCAUCUGUAAUAAUAAGGCUGCCUGGCUGGAGGAAACUGUGCCUGACUUUCAUUAGCAAAUUCAUAAAAAAAACUUUUGGUGCUGUCAAUCAUUUUUAUCAAAACCCUACAACAGUGUCCUUUAUCAAUUUAUUGAAGCAGGAAUAUCUGCUUCGCCUUUGUAGAUGUGCAAUCUUUGUAACAUUCCAUUUUAAUUCCACUUUCAUCUCUAUAUUCCUUCUCCAUCCUUCCUUACUGACACAGAAUCAGCAUUAAUGUUCAGUUCAUUGGUGAGAUGGUCACAAUGGAGCCACUAGGGGAUGUGCAUAUUUCUUUGUGAAAUGUGAAAAUGCAUUUCCUUCAUUGCUAUUUGUGUUUUACUUUACUUUCCAUGUUUGUAAAAAAAGGAAAAAACAAAAAAGACUAAACAAAAAUACUUUGUAUAUACACCUGUAAAUUGUUUUAAAUACUUGAGCCUUUUGUGGGGGGGGAAAGAGAUGAAGAAAAGCCUUAUGUUUCAGUUUCUUCAUCGGUUUUUGGAUGCUUACAGGGUUUCUUGUAACAUUUAAGUGCUGCUUACAUCACUGAACAAAUAAUGGAGUAGCUGUUGCCCCUUUCAGUGUAAAAAAGGGAAACAUUGUUCAUUAACUAGUUUUCAUUGCUGAAACUGCAACAUUAAUUGUAGCUACCCAUGUUGCACUGAGCUUGCCAGUGGUGACUGUCAAGAAGUCAUUUUUUUCCCAGUUGUUGGUUGUUGUUGCUGCAGAAGACUGAACUUGCUUUGGAGUAUUUAACAACAUAACUGAUUUCAAGUGUUUUCAAAUGUGGUUGUCCAGUUUUUAUGGCCUUACUAUGUAUUUUGUUUUUCCUUUGAGAGCAGACAUCUUUUGACUAUUGCUUACAGAAUUGACAUUUAAUUUAUUAGUGCUGCUCUGCACCUUUCCUUUCUGUGCGGAAAGAGUUCACGUUGUAAUUGCGAGUUUUUUACUUUUCAGGUUUGUACUUAAAAGUUUAAUAAAACUUUUGAGCAGUUUCCUGUGCAUGAGUAAAUUUUUGAGUACUUACCUGUGUGAAUGCACAAAUACAAAUCUGUUGAGCAUAACUACAGUA